GUUUGGAUGGAGUGACUGAAAAAAUAAAGGGGGUGUGGCAAGGCUAGGAAAGGAGAGGGCCACCAAGAGGGGCACAAUGUUGUAGAGUGCCGAAGCUACGACUGGGAUCUGAUUCAGACGACAGGCAAUACCUUGGCAGGGAAUUGAAAAUGGCAUACCUGCUUAUGUUUGUGACCCUCCUGCAUCUCAUCACGCUGGCCAUGCUGUUCAUUGCAACCAUGGAGAAGUCCUGGUGGGAGUGGGAUGGCAUGGAGAACUCAGACCUGUGGUACAACUGUAGGUUUGACAACUUCACAGGAACCUGGUUGUGUGCAUCCUCCAAAGAAACUGAGUGGCUUCAGGCCGUGCAGGUCCUGAUGGUUCUCUCAGUGGUCUUCUCCUCGGUGUCCUUCUUGGUGUUCCUGGGUCAACUGUUCACCAUGUCCAAGGGCGGACUCUUCUACUUCACUGGGCUGUGUCAGGUCUUUGCAGGGCUGACUGCGUUUUCUGCAGCUCUCAUCUACACACUUAACAAUAAGGAAAUCCUUCAGGACUCCAGAGAGCUGACCUCAGGACACUUUGGCUACUGCUUCAUCCUGGCCUGGGUGUGUGUUCCCUUGUUGCUAUGCAGCGGGAUCAUAUAUAUCCACUUGCGUAAGAAAGAGUGACCAGAAACAUUGAAACAAUGUCAUUAACAGUACUGGGGGGAAAAAAAAGACUUCCUGUUAAUGAGAAAUGCUAAUUUUGCAGGAGGAUCUUACAGGUGCCUAUGAUGAUUUUUGCCUAUCUUUGGUUAAUGUGAUGUGAGUGAAUUGGAGAUGUACAGUGGAACACUUAUCAGGAAAUAAUUUGCUACUUAGCAAACAUUGAAUACUCAAUAUCAACCCAAUAUAUAAUGCUCACCUUCUGUUUUAAGACAUGUUUAGUGUAAGAUUGUUGUCAACUGUUGUCCUGUGUUGGCCAAGGAAGAAAAAUACCAAAGCAGCCUUAUGUACUGUUGUUAAUAGUGUUGUAGAUCUUAUGAAGUAUUUGAAUUGCUUUUCAUUUUCCUUCGAGCAAACUGGAAAUAUUUAUAUUUUUGUACCUAAAGCUGUUAUGUAGAAUAUAUUUAGUAGCUGCUUUUUCAGAAAUAUUACACCAAAAAAACAGAAUUUGUGCAAGUCCAUGGUAGUUACCCUUGUUUUAAUGAUAAUAAAUUGCACAUUUUAU